AUGGGAACAAGGGCAUUUUCCCAUGACAGUAUCUUCAUACCUGAUGAACAAGCUGAAGAUGACCAGGAAGCUCAGGCCUCAUCACAAGACUGUGUUGUAGGAAAAGUUAAAUCCCUUCAGCAACAACUGGGGAAAAACAUCCGGUUUGGACAACCGCCACCAACUGGUACUCCGGUCAAGAAAAUGCAAGACUUGGGAGCAGGCGCAGAGAAAAUGGAGGAAACAUACCUCAGCCCCAUGGAGGUUUCAAGAGAACGUGACACUGGCCUUAUAACUGAUGGACAUAGGGCAAGAUCACUGAGCUCCCACAGCCCACGCAAUGCUCCUGAAACAGAACAUAAAACAGAGGAAAAGGCAACACCAGUGAAAACAUCACGGCCAAAACGGCCAUCGGGCACAAUUGAGUCCAUAAAUCUGGAUGCCGUUCCUCGAUCUGUUGCACGACUAGAUAACAGUGCUGCUAAACACAAACUUUCUGUCAAGCCAAAAAACCAGAGAGUGUCAAAGAAACACAGAGGCAUGUCCCAGGACUUCAACACUAUAGAAGACAAUGAAAAUGAAAUCACUUUGAAUAUGCAAAGAUCCCUUGAGAAAGCCAUGUUCCACUCCAUGGAUAUACCCUCCCAUAAUAUACUAAUGUCUGAUCAUUUUGAACGAAAAAUUCAUGAAUCCCAAGUAUCUGAGCAAUUUCGAACUUUGGUGCCUAAGGGGGAAAACAAGAUCAAUAAAGAUCAAGAAGGCAAACAGACAGAUCCCAGUACCAGCAGACAAGUAGUACAAGAAAUUAGGCAGCCUGAUGAAGAGAAAAAGUCAGAAGCAGAUAAACGGAAAGAAGAAGAAGAAAGAAAGAGACAGGAGAUCAUUAGAAACAUAGACUUGGAAAGGCUUCAACAAAAAAUAAGAGAACAAAAUGAAAAUGAACUGAAAGAACAGCGUCGGCGUGAGGAGGAGAGAAAACAGAGAGCUGAACAAAUUCUAAAAGAGUUAGAAGAGCAUAGAAGACAAGAGGAGCAGAAGCAACAUGAGCUGGAGCAGAAGAAAACAUUUCAACUGGCAGAGGAACAGAAGAAACGGGAGCUGGAAAUACAGAGAGCACUUCAGAUAGCAGAAGAGCAAAGAAAAGAGGAAAUGGAGAGGCAAAGAACUAUUCAGUUAGCAGAAGAGCAGAAAAAACAUGAACUAGAGCAGAGAGCCAUUAAGAUAAUGCAAGAGCAGAGAAAAUAUGAACAGGAGAAACAGGAGUCCCAUCAUAUAGAAGAAGAGCAGAAAACAAGACAAGCAGAGCAGCAGAAAGCUUUCCAGAUUGCAGAGGAACAGAAAAAUUGUGACUUGGAGGAGCAAGGAGUACUUCAGAAAACAGAAGAGCAGAAACAACAUGAACUAGAUAUGCAAAGGGUUCCCCAGGUUGCAGAAGAGCUAAAAAAAACGUGAACUUCAGCAGCAGAAAGACCUUCAGAUAGCAGAAGAACAGAGACAACAUCAGUUAGAGCUAAAAAGAACUCUCCAGAUCAUGGAGGAGCAGAAAAAGCAGGAACUAGAACUGCAGAAAGCAGAAGAACAUCAGAAAAAUAAUUUGGACCAACAAAAAACUGUUCAGAUAGAAGAACAAAAAGGUCAGGGGUUGUUGGAGCAGAAAGCUCCCCAGACAACUGAGGAGCAGCAAUUACAGACACCAAAAAGCCAAAGUCACCAAGUAUCAGAGGAAAUCGUAGUCCAGCAGUGUAUAAAAGAGCAAAUGAGAGCUGACGAUCUACAUAGAACUGAUUGUCAGAAAAAGCCAGACUUUCAAGAAAAAAAAAAUUUACAGAAGAAAGAGCAACAAAUACCCGAGGACAUCAAGGAGCUUAUCCCAGAACAUCUUUCCCCUCUGUAUACAGAAGCUGUCUCAGCAGAGGAAGAUCUACUUGAAGAACAAAAAAUGGAGGUGGAAGUUAAAGGAGAUGAGGAAGAACUAAAGCAGAAAAAACAAAAAGAAGUAGAAUCUCAGGAGCAGGAAAGAAUUAAUGAAGAACUAAGAUGGCAGGAACUUGACCAAAAGCAGAGGCCAUUUACAUUUAAAGUCACAUCAGGUGAAAAGCAAAUUAUAUUUGAGAAAGUUAAUUUAACUCCAGUUACUGUACCAAAAGAGCCAAUAAUAUUCCCAGGUACACAAGAUGCAAAAGAAAAUAAGGGCACUAUUAGUUCACACUCUCUUCCAUCUGCUCAGUGCAUACCCCACACUGCCAUUUUGGUAACAGGAGCACAGCUUUGUGGUACAGCUGUAAACCUACAUCAGAUUAAGGAUCCUGCUUGUAAGUCUUUACUGGGCCUCAGUGAUGAAAGAAAAUUAGAUAUAACAGAAAACAAAAUGCAGAAAGAAAAGGACAGUACUAAACAUGUCAGUAGUAAGACAAAGUAUACAUCAGAAGCAUUAGACAAUCAGUCAUUCCUAGCAGAAUGGGCUUCCAUAAGGUCUAAAAUACUAAGCAAAGCUGAAAUUGCAACUGAUGAAAAGAACCAAAGAAGUCCUCCCGACUCUGGCGAUGACAGAUUGGCCAAGAGCAGGGUUGAUUCCCAUAGCAGCUUACGGAAGACAAUGUCAGCUAUCCCUAAAUUUUCAAUAACACCCGCAUGGCAGAAAUUUCCAGAAACUGGAAAAUUAACAGAAAUUAGUAUUGAGACCUCUAUAAAACCUCCAAGUAAGGAAAAAAACAUAGCAGUAUUACCUGACAGCACACCUCAGGGCAAGACUGGAGAGAGGACAGUCAUGGCUCCAGAAAUGGUGACUAGAAUUAAAAAGCAAGUUACCAUUGAUGGGAAUGCAGAGGGAUGGAUAUUUUCCAAAGAUCUUCCAUCCUUUUUAGUUCCUAACCCACCACAAUCUCCUCGUCGGGGGCAUUUGGAAGGGCAAAUGUCACUUGAAACACAAUUUAGUAAUGGCACUUUGAAAACAGAUAAAUUAUUGCAAAAUACAGAGGACAAAACCUCUCCAUUUGGAGUCAAAUUAAGAAGGACAAACUAUUCAUUAAGGUUUCAUGCUGAUCCACAGAAUGAACAAAAAAGGAAAAAAAAAACGAUAUAGUGCAGGAGACAGCUUUGAAGGGGUUCCUGCCCCAUUAACGCCAACAGAUGAAACAGAAAUUAGGACUAUAGCCAGGAAAGAACUUUUAGGGUCACCAGUGAAGAUGAAGAAAGAUAACCUUACUAAAGAUCUAGUGGAUGCCUCAAGCAAUGUAAAUGAUAAUGCCCAAUUUAUGGUCCCUUCUAUAGUGUCAGGAUCAAGUCCCCAUAUGUCAUUUCCUAAUAAAGACAAAGUAAUCCCCAAAUCACCAACUAUACAGAAACCAUCUCUUGCUCCAAAACCUGCCAGCCCAACACCACCAUCUUCUCCAAUUUCCCAUCUGGGCAGAACAAAUGUGACUGACCUAUAUGGACAACGGUUGGAAAAAAAUGAGAAGGAUAAAGAAACAACUGGAGAAAUGAAUCUUUCUUUAUCUUCUCCAAGCCAUGAUGAAGUUGUACAGCAAGAUUCAAAAGAUAAAGCUGGUCUACCAUCUAUUUCUUGGAGAGAGAAGACAGACAAAAGGCCUGAGAGAUUAGGAAAAGACAGGCCUGUUCUCCAGAGUCGACAUUCUUUAGAUGGCUCCAGGUUGAUGGAGAAGGUUGAGCCUUCUCAACCUCAAUGGAUUACACUCGCUCUACAGAAACAGAAAGGAUUUCGGGACCAGCAAGCGUCCAGAGAAGAGAGGCGGCAAGCCAGAGAGGCCAAACAAGCAGACAGAUUGGCAAAAGAAAAUGUAAAUAAAUGCAUUGGGUUGAAAAUAUACAGUAUUCCAAACUACAGCCAAAAAUAG